GAGGGGGGGAGUGGAGCCUGACGCAGUGUGAGAGGCAGAAACUGAGAGGAGAGAGACGGAGAACGAGGGAGACAGCGGCGAGGAGGCAGCACAUCACAUCACGCGCCGUUUUGCAUCCCAAAAUCUUGACGCGGGUGAAUCGCCACACUAGCUGCUGCUGGUGCUGCCGCCGAGCUCUUUCCCGGUCACUGAUCUUCACAGGGACCACAGAGGAGACACGUGCAAGCUGGGAUCAAAUUAGUGACAAAGACUUUAAAAAAAACAAAACAACAACAACCCAAAUCUACACAGCCACACAUAUCGCCAGAGGCAACGAGCGGACCGUUUUUGCCGAGGAGACCUGCGAGGCGAAACGGCGUCUUCUUCUUCCACGCUGGCAUCUGGAACAGUGAUGUGAAAAGCAAGCUGAGACUGAAGGCUCAGCUGGUUCGGAGAGGUCCGCCAUCUGCAAAGGGACGAGUUCUCACACCAAGUACAGAGCAGUGAGCAAUGAGGAACAAAGAAAAGAGGUGCUUGUCCAAUCAGAGAUGCAGAUGGCCACAGACAUGAGCACCGGGCAAUCUGGCACCAGGACAACUUCCACUUGCCAAUUUAUACAUAAAAAAUCAAAUGUAACCCCCUAAUUAAACAACUGAUACAGUUUACCUAGAGUUUACCUUAUACUGCCAAUGAAGUGAUACAUCCCAUUCCUGUGCUCAUUUCUACUUUGAUAAAUCCUUAAUUCCUAACACAUGUUUAACAUAACUCAAACUUCAAUUUGCUAUACGAUUACAAGACAAGCUAAAGAGAAACAGCAACAUUUUAUCAUGCUGUGACUACACCUCAAGCAGUACAGACACAAAUCUGACAAAAAAGGCAACACCAAGUCACCAUACAUUGAGAUAUUACUACACAAACAAGCCCUCACUCCCUUUCAAAUGGCGCUAGCCUGCAUGAAUAAAUGUUAGAUGGCAAGCAUCUCUGGUCGGCUUUCUCCAAUAGAUAUUGUGACGACAUCCCAAAUGGCUCAGAGGACAGGACAGGGACGGCAGAGACAUAACGUGACAGGAGGUACUUCAUCAGUGGUCCUGUCCACAUCCGGCUCCUUCCUCUGUUGGCUCGCCCUGCUGUCAGUAAUGCGGUUGCCAAUGGUAACAGCUGACUGCUGGCUUAUCGAAGGAGAGAAAGGCUUUGUGUGGCUGGCUAUCUGCAGUAUGAACCAGCCGCCUUAUGAGGCCAUCCCAUCCCACAUUAACAGCACUAUUGUGGAUCUGAGGCUGAAUGAGAACAAGAUACGCUCGGUCCAUUAUUCUUCACUCAGUCGCUUUGGCAACCUCACCUAUCUGAACCUCACCAAGAACGAUAUCAGCUAUGUGGAAGACGGAGCAUUCUCAGCACAAUUCAACCUGCAGGUUCUCCAGAUGGGUUUUAACAAGUUGAGGAACCUGACAGAGGGGAUGCUGCGAGGCCUGGGCAAGCUGCAGUAUCUCUACCUGCAAGCCAACCUCAUCGAGACUGUUACACCCAACACCUUCUGGGAAUGCCCCAACAUAGAGAAUAUAGACCUCUCCAUGAACAGGAUCCAGGUGCUGGAUGGCAGUUUGUUCUCUGGACUCUCUAAGCUGACCACCUGUGAACUUUACACCAACCCCUUCAACUGCUCUUGUGAGCUGCUGGGUUUCCUACGCUGGCUAUCAGCCUUCCCCAACAGGACCAGUGAGAGGAUGGUGUGCGACUCCCCUCAAGGAUUCUUCGGCUACAACCUCCUGAGCCAGAACCCCCGGUUGCCUACCCAACGCAACGCUCUGCACGUGCUCAAUCUUGUAUGUGCAGACGACGGCAGUAGUGUGACAUCCUUCUAUGUUAUUGGCUCAGCCGAUUCCACCACCAUGCCCCCAGAUUUUGCCUCUCCCUGCGGAUUGGACGAUUGUGCUUCGGGGACCCCUCCUGAUGAGGUAAUCAGCUUAAGUCCCAUUUUCUCUGAUGCCAAUCCAAUCAUGACGCUCAAACAGGUGCUACAUUCAAGCGCUGUGAUAACGGUUCAGAUUCCUCAUCCGUACAGGAAAAUGUACAUCCUGGUGCUUUAUAACAACAGCUUCUUCACAGAUAUCCAGAAUCUGAAAAAUCAAAGAGAAGAUAUUGAGCUAAAGAACUUGAAACCUAACACCGACUACAGGUACUGUGUGGCUUCUAUACGAAACUCCCUGCGCUUCAACCACACCUGUCUGACCAUCUCCACUGGCCGCCGGGCCGGGGCUGAGAGGAUAGCUAAUCAGUCGUCAGCCACCCACUACAUUAUGACUAUUUUGGGCUGUUUAUUUGGCAUGCUACUCUUCCUUGGCCUAAUUGUCCACUGCCUGAGGAAGAAGAGGAUCAUGGAGGAGAAGGAGAGGAAGAUGAGCAGGAUCCAGAGGACUCUGAUAGAGCUCAAGUAUGGUGGAGAAGGGGAUAUAGAGGGAGGGAGUGGAGGAUCUGUUUCCCAGAAGCUUGGCGCAGGGGAAAGUCUGUCCAGAAUGCCUUACCUUCCUCAAGGUGGUGAGAUAGAUCCAUACAAGCUGCAGGAGGUGAUAGAAACACCGGCGCACAAGCCUGCUAAACUUAACUACAUGGAGGUGAGAGGGUCUGGCAUUGAAAGGGAGAGGGAGAGAGAAAGAGAAAGAGAGCGAGAAAGAGAAAGAGAGCGAGAAAGAGAAAGAGAGCGAGAAAGAGAGAUGUCGCCACAAGCAAAUCCCCAGGGCUCAGUAGCAGAGAUCUCAACCAUUGCUAAAGAAGUUGAUAAAGUUAACCAGAUCAUCAACAACUGUAUAGAUGCUCUCAAAUCUGAGUCUACCUCCUUUCAACAGGGGAUCAAAUCCCCCUCUUCUGCAGGCGGAGGGGCUGUUUCAACUGCAGAGCCGCAGCUGGUGCUUCUCUCUGAGCAAGGAGAGAGAGGAGAAAGAGGAGGCGAGUUCCUCUCUCCAGUGUAUAAGGGAGGAAGAGGAGGAAGAGAAGAAAGAGGGAGAAGCUACCAUCAUUCACUGCAGCGACACCACAGCAUAGAGGCUCCUCCAACCUCCAAAAGGCCCAGCACCUCCUCUUCUCCUGGCUCUGCCCGGAGCCCUCGCUCAUUCCGCUCAGAGGGAGGCUAUCAUACGUCAGAGACCCGCUAUAUCGAAAGAACCUCACCUGGAGAGAGAGGAGAAAGGGGAGGCGGUGGAGGAGAGGCCAUCCGUACAGUCACCCCGGCAGCGGCUAUCUUGCGAGCUGAAGCUCAGAGAAUCCGUCAGUACAAUGAACACCGCCACUCCUAUCCCGGCUCCCAGCAGCACCUCCAGGAGCUGCAGCACCACCCCCAGAUGCUGCAGGAGCUUCACCACCACCCAGGGGGCCGUAAGCCCUCCAUGUUAGACCCCCUCACCCUCAGCAGGCAGGCCAAGCAACGGGAGCUGGCCUACUCCCAGCUAUCGCCACACUAUCCGCUCUCACCCCAGUACCACAACCUCAGUUACUGCUCCAGCCCAGAGGAAGACGAGGAGGAGGAAGGGCUCCUCUGCACGCCGACCCUGGGGCUGUGGGAGAGGUUUAAACUGCACCGUAAGAGGCACCGACAGGCGUCCAUGGAGGACGAAGGAUACGUGGCAGCCGGACACGCACUGAGGCGAAAGGUUCAGUUUGCCAAGGAUGAGGAUCUUCACGACAUACUGGACUACUGGAAGGGUGUGUCCGCCCAGCAGAAGACCUGAUCCCACAUCUGGAGACCCCAAACACUUUGAAGAUGGAAAAUAACAACACUGCACCCAUAACAUACAGAUACAGAUACACAGAUUGAUACAAAAAUGACCUGUAAAUACACACAAACACACACAACUUACAGGAUCUACAGAAUCAAACUGCACACAUGCAUCUAUAUACACACACGUUGGCUAACACUUCACACAACCCAAGCCUUUGCUUCUGAGAACAUGAAGGAGGACCAAACUAAUAUAUUAUAUUGAACAACAAAAAUCAUAACUUAUAGAGAGACUGAGUUACUUUUUGUAAUGUAAUGAAAAUUAUAGCUCAGAUUUAUGUAGCUAUUGGUACUAAGUUUUGAAUGAAGGAAAAAAAAAAACAAUAUUAAGAAUAGAAAGCUUAAAUGUUGCCGGGCAACCCAUCCUGAACAGCCUGGCUAUGCUUUUAAUCUGCCUUGAGACUGACAUUCAUCAAACCUGACCACGGCAGAUUAACCUCACCAAUUCUCAUAACAACGGUGGAUUGAUCAAGAUUUUGCUUUGCUGGGGUGGUUGUUUUUGCAUCGCGAAAAAAGACAUUUUGAAAGAUUUGCUGUGAUUUGGGAGAUUUAAACCAUCAAAAUGACAAAUUCUGGAUGGGUCACCAGGCAACAGUAAUAUUCAACUGUGCUGAGAAUGAGUAGGUAGCUCUCACCAGAGAGUGAGUAUAAUGUGCCAAAUCAACCAAGGGGAUAGUAGAGCCCUACUGUGUACCAACUUCUCCUCGCCACUCUUUUUAUAUACAGAAUUUAAAAAACCUAGAAUGAUAUGUUAUUACUAUUAAUUAUUAUUAUUACAUUACUGGUUUUCUUAUUAUUCCUAUGCUCCUCAUCAUUAAUAUUAUUUGAAUAUGGCAUGGCUCUGUCGUGUGACUGUGUUUUGACUGUUUUGAACCUCUCAGCUGAGAAGUGCACACCAACAGAGACAACCAGUAUGAUGGACGAGACAUUUGAGUUCUUCUUUUCUACCAAGAGGAAUGUGCUCGCUGCGGAGCCAAAAACAAGCCCGUCUUUUCUCUUGGUGAACCCCUGCUACGCCUGCUCCUCACCCUCCUAAAGAGGGAACGCUGUACAGAUGAGAGAGAGAAGUUCUAUAUUUGCAACAGAGGUGACUGUUUUGUUUGUACAACAUGGUUUUGAAAUCUUUCAGACUUUUCAGAAACCACAAUCCCAAGUUAGUUACCUACCUGCUCACUUACAAUGGUACGUUUUUGAUUUUGAAAUCGAACUAAAAAUUCUAAUCUUCAAAUGAAUGUCUUCAAUUCCCACAGGGGAAACAUAUCUGCACUGUUCAAAAUCAAAAAACGACUCUUAGGAAAAGACCUAAAACUCUCAGCUUCCUUCCCGAUACACUGUAGAUCCACUGUGUUUUAUCAACAAUUCUUUUUUCUUUUCUCCUCACACCUCCCAGGUUACUUUUUAUUUUUUGGAUUCCUCUGGUUCCACUGUGGUGCCAUUGUGCCAACUUGAUAAAUCACAAAGAAGUAUUUGAAAUUAUUUUAAGUACUACUAUUUACAGACCUCUUCUCCUUCACAUCGAUACACACCAGUUUGCCAAACAGAACAACAAUUUGCACAAAAAGAUCCACCACCAUUGGCUCACUGCUCCCUUCUACCCUCCAAUCAUUUCUAAGACCAAAGUACUGUGGUAGUAAAUUGACCCUUAUAGCCCCUGCCCCGGCCCCAACUACUUACCCACCAUCACCCUUACAGUUACAACUCUAGCACAUGCAUACACAUACACAUUCAAGUGUACUCAUGCACACACAACCACAACCACACACAGAUGAAUGUAUUCAUUGAGAAUUUAAUACUGUUUAGCAGCUGGAUUUUCUGUUUUCUGAUGUACAAGCUGUAUUCAAACAGUGUCCUCAUCGAUCUGAUAGAAAACUUUGUUUAGAUGGCCACUUGUGUUUCAGAAUUGGAGAUCAAUAAGGAAUAUUUGGCUUUAAAAAAAAAAAAAGUCUCAUUGGCGACUUUCCUCACACCAGUUUGUGUCACCAUUUGAACCAAAUGUUGUCCACAAGAAGCCCAUAUAAUUGCCACUGCAGACAUCUAUUGAAGUAAUAGCAAUGGGGUUUUGCCUUAUCAAAGGUUUUCAACUGAAGUUCCUGAUAUGAGACGUGUUAUAGUAAAAUGUGAGUGGUAUCACUAGUGGGGUGAAAAGAGACUACAUGUAUAUCUGCAAUACCUGCAGAAUCUAAAUACCGGAGGCUGAAAAGAGGAGAAAAAUGUGAUAACAAAAAUACUGCUGUUUAUUCUAUACAGAACUGUGCUACAACAACUCAUUUAAGAAGACCGUGAACCAGGGAUGGAGUCAAGAACAUUUCAAUUCAGUGGAUUUUGAAUUUAACAAGCUUGUAAUAUUCACAGUAUUAACAAACAAUUUGUAAUUACAAAUGCUUAUACUGACUGAAUCACACCCACUUCGCUUUCUGAAUUGAAACAGAAUUGACUCCAGCCUUGAAACAACACUGAGAACUACACAAUAGAAACAACAGAGCUGGCAAACAAUGAAAAGUUUAUUGGUGAAUGGAAACACUGUAUAAAAUUUUUUUUCUCUGCUAUAAUGAGUUUGGAAUGCUCAAGUCAUUAAGCCCAGUUAAAGCCAUAAUCGUGGGUUAGUGAAAUCACCACAGCUGUUUGUAGCACUGCAAAAGCACAUUCAUUUGUGUGGUUAAAAAAAAAGACCUCCUCUGGUACUGCAGCAGCUAUAACAUGGUUCCUCUACUGCUGCAGCAAAAAAUCCGAUCCAAACGAAAACUGAUGAGCCGUGGUUGUUUCUGCAUUACACGUCCCAGAUUGUGGCUUUAACUAAACAACAGCCUUAAAACAUUCGAUUUUCUUUCAUCUUUUUAACUUUAGCAUUGCUUUGAAAAUCGAACAAUGUCCUGGUUUCUUAACUUAUACUUUCCUGACUGCAAUUUUAUAAUUGCUUGAUUCUUAAGCCGCACUUGAGCAUUCUUUGAGUAACAGUAAUAUCAAUGUAGCGAUGUAUUAAACUACUGUUUGUUUGUUUUUCCGGUUCUGUUUAUGAACAAUAAUGGCCUGAAUUUAUCAUGUGUCAGAGAGUAGCAGAGCCUGUCUAGAUUCAGACAACAACGAGCUGACGGUCGAGGUGACCAGUCAACAGUGACCCUAAUCAGCACUGCUAUUCUUUGAAGCGUGACGAAGAGAAACUGUGUUUUUGAAACAACAAUGCCUAGAAAGUGGAAAUAAAUAGAGGUCCUACUGACAACAGACAGAAAUGACAAUGGAGCAUGCUGCAAGGAGAUCCUCAGUGGAAGCUUGUGUUGUAUUCUUCUAGUGAAUGACUCAGGAGCAAGAGAGCAAGAGAGAGUAAGAGAGAGAACGCUGUGCCAUAGGAUCUCUCAGAGGCUUUCUUUAUUUAUUUUCUUGUCAAAAAAUUAAAAUGAGCACAAUAAAAUAGCCUUUCUUU